AUGUCUAAUCGUGUACAACAGAUCCAUGAACACACCCAAGCUCAGCAGUGGCAGUAUAUCGACACACGCUCCAACCCAGCAGAUGCUGCUUCCCGAGGUCUGACAGCCAAGCAGCUCUUAGAUGAUAAUUACCGCUGGUUCAGAGGCCCUCACUUCCUAUGGAACCCUGGUGCUUAUCAAGCAGAAGUAGAGAACACUCCAGAACCCUUGGAUCCGAAUGAUCCAGAAGUCAAGGUGUCCACCCUUGCAACACAGAGCGAAGAGAGCUUUCCUGAUCACCUUGAGACUGCCAGGUUGGAUCGGUUUUCCAACUGGUUCAAAGUGAGAAGAGCAGUGGCAGUUUACUUGCGGUUUAAACGCCUAUUAAAGGAAAGAAGAUUCCAGAAACCUACAGAAGCUCAAAGCAGUAAGUCAGUGGAGGAGAGUGCUUCACGUUGUCAUCCCGUAGACAUGGAAGAAAUUGGUCACGCUGAGAUGGUAAUAACGCACUGUCUUCAACAUGAGCAUUUCAAAGAAGAAAUCAAGGCUCUGUCCACGCUUCAAACGAACGGCGAAUUUACUGAUAGAAGGAGAGCCAAGCAGCGUAAUCUUAACCUUAAGAAGUGUAGCAGUCUUUAUCGCUUAGACCCAUACUUGGAUGCAAAUGAUAUCCUGCGUGUUAGUGGCCGAAUACGUAGAGCCAAUAUGCCCGUAGCUUCCAAGCAUCCAGUCAUCCUACCAAGACGGUCGCACAUCACAAAUCUCAUUCUGCAAUGUUGUCACCAAGCAAUCAAGCAUCAAGGUAGCGGAAUGACUCCCAACGAAGUCAGACAACGUGGUUACUGA